AUGGCUUAUUACAGCAACCCACCACCCCCCUACCCUGGUACCCCGGGAAAGGCUGCUCCUCCGACGUACGAGGAUCCAACGACCCAGCCGCUACUGGGACAGUCGGCUGCCGGAAGAUCUGGCGUGUAUGACCACUCUACGGGAGAAUUCCCAGAUGAUUUCCUCUACGGAGCUACUGUCGCAGAGUGCGCACUGCAGAUCCGGAAUGAGUUCGUGCGCAAGGUUUACACCAUUCUAUUCUGCCAGAUUGUUGCCACCACAAUAGUCGCAGGACUCAUCCGAAGAUCCCCUGACACUAUCUUCUGGGUUGUAACGCAUCAAUGGUCUUUCUAUGUCCCACUUUUCGGAACCCUGGUGAACCUUGGGCUCCUCUACUGGAAGCGCCUUGACAAGCCCAUAAAUUACGUCCUGCUCUCGACCUUCACCUUGCUGGAAGCCUUCACUCUCGGCAUCACGACGGCAUUCUUCGAUAAUGAGAUCGUACUCCAGGCUCUGCUGAUUACUACGGGCGUGUUCCUCGGCCUCACGCUCUUCACCCUGCAGUCGAAGUAUGACUUCUCGGGGCUCGGAUCCUAUCUCUUUGCAGGCCUAUUCGCUCUCAUGAUGACUGGGCUUGUCGGGAUCAUCAUCCCAUUCAGUCGCACUAUGGACCUCAUCUUUGCGAUUGGUGGAUGCUUGCUCUUCAGCGGAUACGUCAUCUACGAUACCUACAUGAUCACCCGCAGGCUUUCGUACGAUGAGUAUAUCGCCGCAUCUAUCAGCCUCUACCUCGAGUAA